AUGGUGGGCAGGAGGAUGGACUUCAGCAUGCUCUUGGAGCCUCUGGGCUUUGUUAAGGUCCUUGAGUGGGUUCUUGCCAUCUUUGCCUUUGCCACAUGUGGAGGCUUUCAUGGUGAAACUGCUCUUCUAGUUUCAUGCAAAGGUGUGGUAAACAAAACAAUUACAGCUGCUUUUGCUUUUCCAUUCAGGUUGAAUACUGUUGUAUUUAGUGCACCAGACCCAGAAGGCUGUGGUGGUACUUGGACAGAUGUCUACCUCAUGGGCAACUUCUCCUCUUCUGCACAGUUCUUUGUUACACUGGCAGCACUGGUGUUCCUCUACUGUAUUACUGCCCUUGUGGUAUAUAUUGGAUAUAACCAUGUGUAUUGGCAAAAUAACAAGUUUCCACUAACUGACCUGGCAAUCAGUGUCUUGACAGCCUUUCUGUGGCUGGUCAGUACUUUUGUUUGGGCAAAGGCACUUGCUGGCAUCAAGGUGUCCACAGGAGCCAGCAUUAUUCCAGGAAUUGAAUCUUGCAAAGCACCAGGAACAACUUGCAAUUUUCUUUCUGUGACCAGCAUGGGAGCUCUGAAUGUGUCUGUGGUGUUUGGCUUGCUUAAUAUGAUUUUAUGGGCAGGAAACACUUGGCUUUUGUACAAGGACACCAACUUGCACAGCCAAUGGAACAGAAUUUCUGAAAGUGCAACUGAAAGGGUAUAA